CCCCGCCGCUUCUCCCUGGAUUCCGCCGCCGCUUCCCCGGGGCCGCGGCCGAGGAUGCUCCGUUUGCCGCCGCCGGCGGGGGGGGAGCGUGUGCGCGGCGCCGGGGGCUGAGCCAGCGGCGGGGAACCGAGCCCCGGCCCUGCCCGGGACACUUACCGGCGAGGAAGAAGAGGAGGAGGAGGAGGGAGGAGGAAGAAGAAGAGGCCGCCCUCGGCCUUGGCCCCGCCAUGCCGGGCCCCGGCGGGGAGCGUGGCCGGGCGGCAGCGGCCCCCCGGGGGCUGUGAGCAGCCCCGGGGCUGGCGGAGGGGGGGCCCCGGAGCGGCAUGGCCAGCGCCGUCCCCCCCACCGCCGCCGCCACCGGGAUUUAGCCGGUGCCUGGAUGCUUUCGCCUCCCGUUUCCACUUCGGGCGGGCAUGUGCGCGGGGGCAGCGGGCCGCCCCCAGCCCCCCCCCGCGCCCUGACUCCCCGGUGAGGGGCUCCGCCGCCAACCCCGUCCCGACACCGGCCCCGGAGGACGGGGAGCGCCCGCCCGCCCUGGCCGCCCUGGCCGGUGGGUGCCGGGCGGGGGGCGGCGGGCACCGGGUAACUUGUUUUUAGCGUAACCCCGCUACCGGCUGGAGAACCAUCCCCCCACAUACCCCGAGGAGAUUUGGGUUUAAACUUUGGCUUUUGGGAAGCCCCGAAGAUGCCUUUCCACCCGGUGACGGCGGCUUUGAUGUACCGGGGGAUCUACACCAUCCCCAACAUCCUCGCCGAGCAGCACCCGGUGGAGAUCCCCGAGGACGAGCUGGAGGAGAUCCGUGAAGCCUUCAAGGUGUUUGACCGGGAUGGCAAUGGCUUCAUCUCCAAGCAGGAGCUGGGCACGGCCAUGCGCUCCCUGGGCUACAUGCCCAACGAGGUGGAGCUGGAGGUCAUCAUCCAGCGCCUCGACAUGGACGGUGAUGGGCAGGUGGACUUUGAGGAGUUCGUGACGUUACUGGGGCCCAAGCUGUCCACCUCGGGCAUCCCCGAGAAGUUCCACGGCACCGACUUCGACACCGUCUUCUGGAAGUGCGACAUGCAGAAGCUGACGGUGGACGAGCUGAAGCGGCUGCUGUACGACACCUUCUGCGAGCACCUCUCCAUGAAGGACAUCGAGAACAUCAUCAUGACGGAGGAGGAGAGCCACAUGGGCACGGCCGAGGAGUGUCCCGUCGAUGUGGAGACCUGCUCCAGCCAGCAGAUCCGGCAGACCUGCGUGCGGAAGAGCCUCAUCUGCGCCUUCGCCAUCGCCUUCAUCAUCAGCGUGAUGCUCAUCGCCGCCAACCAGGUGCUGCGCAGCGGCAUGAAGUAACGGGGACCCCCUGAGCGCUGCCGCCGACGGGGACCCGCACCCGCAGCGAGGGGUAUAGAGACACGUAUACAUCCAUAGCCAGAGCAGACAUGCAAAACCCACCCCGGGAAUGGGGUGAACCUGGGGACCUGCGCCGCGUCCCCACUGUCACGGGGCGAUGCACUCGCAUGGCUGUUUGCAGAACGUGGGACCUUUGAUACGGGACACAAACACACACAAAAACCCCUCGCUGGAAAAAAAAACACCCCGUAAGUGCAUGUAACGUGCAUGGAGCCCCGUGUGCUGCCCCCCCGCGCCGGGGUCGGACUGUCCCCCCCGGGCGCAGGAUCCCGUCGGAUGCACCGAUACUCGUGUCUAUAGCUCUAUAUUUAUGAUAAAAACCAAAUCAUCCCCUAAGCAAUACACGGCUGAGACGGUUUCUGGAGACGGGAGCGUUUGCAUGGACUUGGCUGCCAAGGGCUGGAUUUCACCCCCUCCCCGCCCGGCCCCCCGCCCCAGCCCCGUGCCGUGCCUCAGUUUCCCCACCGCAGGGUGGGGGGACACCGCUGACCUCCUGCUUGAUGCACUUUGAGCCGACCCCCCCUCCCGAAAAGAGCCGGAGCGACCCCGAGGCCGGGGAGCCUGCGCCGGCCAGGGCCUGCACCCCCGAGCCCCCCAGCCUGUAUGUAGCACCCACCUGGGCACCGGACUGGUUCGGAUUUGGGGCCGUUUCUCAUUCUUUGGAGUUUGUUUUGGGUUUGGUUUUGGUUUGAUUUUCUUUCUUCCUGGUUGGUUGUUUCCGAUCUGAAAUAAAACUGGGAUUUUUGAAGCGC